AUGAUAGCUAACCUCUUCUGUCUCGUCUUUAAGCCUGUAGAAGGCAACGUCGCUUUUACAGAGGACGCUCAAGUUAUAUUCUUUGAUAUUCUCAGGUCUCUCAGUACCAAGCAGGAGCCGCCAUCUCCGCCUGCCGCUACAGACAAAGGUAAAUCCGAGGAACCGCCAGCUCGAGCUUCGAAGCUUGAGUUCAAGACCGUUAAUGAAAUUUGGGACACAAAGGCAUACAAGUACAAGAUUGUGGAAUCAAUCACGCUACCCGACGAAGAGAAUGAGCUGGAUCAAUAUAUUUUUGUAGUUCGCAUGCGGAUUGAUAGGACGACUGAGAAACAGAUAUACCACGUUGAUAUUAAAUCUGAGGGCUUGCGAGACGUCCUCAGGUCGGUUCUGCAAGACGUCAAAGGCAUCUGCCUGCGAGAGACGAAACCUUCAAACCUGCUCUUCUACUAUCUCUCUGAUCUCGAGGCGUAUCGAAGUAAUACUGUCCUUGACGACUCGACGCUCCAACAUCUUAGUUUGUUGGUCGAUUUCAUUAAGAAAACCUAUGAAUCUACCGCCGAACGCCUCUCUGCGCUUCUUGAGAAGCGUGAAAUUACGUAUGACCUUCUGUGGGCCUUUUUCAAGCCGAACGCGGUCAUUUACACUACUUGUGUCGGCACAGGCAAGCCAAGAUGCGUCAAGUAUGAUUUUAGCGAAGAGAGAAAACAAAUCGACGGAGUAGAGUACUUUUAUAUAGGUUAUUACUAUUUAGACUCCGAUGGGAAAGUUUUUGGCGAGGUAUUGACUGCACUUGGGAUUGAGAAAUUCCGUGGGACAAGGAGGAUUAACUCCCUUGGAAAAAACUAUCCGGUUAAGCUACUUGUCAAUAGUCGGAUCAUGGUCAAUGCGAUUUAUUUCCGAGAGGCUAAUCCGAACUACGCCAGAGCAAGCAUGGAUGAAUCUGAUAAAGAGAGCUCGUCGCUUUCUGGCUGGACUAUUUUGGGCUCGGAUGAGUCUGAAAAGUCACCCGAUGCAGUUAAGAAGACUGGCAUGGAGCCGUCAGACGUGAAGGGGGAAGACCUCCUAAUCUGCAGCCCAACUUUGCUUGGGUUCAGCCUCGGUAACAAACUAUGGGCUGAGUUUGCGAUUAAUGAUAUUAGGGAUAUCGAAUGGCAGCCCGAGGCUCUUUCCCACCUUCAGAUACCCCAAAAGAAAAAGAAAGCCAUCCAUGUUCUUCUCGAAGCCCAUAUAAAACGAGCGUCAAGCGAUUCCUUGUCGUUUGACGACUUCAUUAUAGGGAAAGGGCUGGGGUUUAACGUCUCCGCUGGCGAGCUAGGUAGAACCGCUGAAGAACUCGAAAACCGAUUCCCUCUGAUCUUUGAGCGAGCUUCAAAAUGGAAUGCACUCCUUCUCCUGGACGAAGCGGAUGUUUUCCUCGAGCAAUGCUCAAUCGGUGAUAUUAACCGAAAUGCUCUCGUUUGUGUUUUCUUACGGACCUUGGAGUAUUACCAGGGGAUUAUGUUCUUUACAACCAACCGCGUAAAACAGAUCGAUGAUGCUAUUGCAAGCAGGAUAUACUUCAAGAUCAAGUAUAAUAUUUUAGGCCCAGACCAGAGAAGAGGCGUGUGGGAGUACUUCCUGAAAAAGGCUACGAUACCUCAAGGCCCGCUAGUAUAUAGUAAAAGUGGCCUUGAAUCUCUGGUGCAGAAGCCGUUGAAUGGUCGCCAGAUUAAAAAUCUCACCUCUACGGCCUAUGCCUUAGCUCUCCAGGAGGGAACUCAGGUGACUCUGUCUUAUCUGGAAUUCGCAAUUGAAGCAGGCGAGGACUUCGAACGUGAUGUCAACGGCGCAGGGUCGAUAGAAGCUAUGCGUGGUUAUUUCUAG